AUGUCUUUUGGCACCAACACAAAAACCGGAUUCUCCGUGCGGGACAUCUUGGAUCUCCCCGAUCCGACUGGCAGGUGCGGCGGCUCCGGGACCGAGGAGACGGAGGAGGACGACACCGAGGAGGCCUCCCCGGAGGUUUCAGGCUCGGAAAACCCGCAGGAACUGGGAUUUAGCGGCAGGAGUUUGUGUGAGCGCGGCGGUGGGAGUCUCGGCAGGUUCAGCCGCGGAUCCGGUAACCGGCACUUCUCAUUACACGGACUCUCCUUAAAGUCCCGUACCAUGCCCAAAUCCCCCGAACUCUCUACGGACGAGUCCCCGGAUGCAGAGCGGGACUCAGCGGGCGGAGAGGCACAGGAGACCCGCGGCAGGAAGCGGCGGGUGCUCUUCUCUAAGGCGCAGACCUUCGAGCUGGAGCGCCGCUUCCGGCAGCAGCGCUACCUGUCCGCCCCGGAGAGGGAACACCUGGCCGGCCUGAUCCGCCUCACCCCGAACCAAGUAAAGAUCUGGUUCCAGAACCACCGCUACAAGAUGAAGCGAGCCCGGGCCGAGCGCAGCCUGGAGGCGCUGCAUGUGCUGCCGGCGCGCCGGGUCGCCAUCCCGAUCCUGGUGCGGGACGGGAAGCCCUGCGACCGGAUCACAGCGCAGGACCUGGAGUUGCCCCUCAGGUCCGGCUUGAGCCUGCCUCUGUGUGCCUACUCCCCUCUGCUGCACCCCGCCUACGGCCCGGAGCACACCGGCCUGCCACAGCAGCACCCAGGGGUGCAGCAGCUGGCGCACAUGUACCACUGGAGCUGGUGA